GGGAGGAUAAAUACAAGGGCCAACGGGCCGCAAGGGGUGUCGCAGACGAAGGUUGGAUCUUCCUCCUCUCUCUUCUCUCAGCUCUCCUCCUAAACUCAAAGGUAAAAGAAUAUACAAUAUGACUAAGUGAUGAAUGUGUUUGACAGUUUUUUUUUUGUUUUUUUUUACCACCUGUUGAACAUUUUGUUCUUUUAGGAAAUGAAAUGCACAACUUUUCACACGAGUGCUGUGCCGCUUCACCUAUAGAGCUGUGACCAAAAUACGUGUGUGAUAAGUGCGACAAACAGAGCUGCUUUUAACCCACAGACACCCACUGUCUGACCUGUGACUGGCUACAGCAGACUGAAAAAUAGAAAUGUUUUGGUAUGACACAAAUAGGCUGCUCUAUUUCACAGCAUGCAUGACAAUUCUUCAUCACCCUUGUGUGACGUCCUGUAGCUUCUUUUCACACAACACACUCAUUGGUGUUAAGCCCAGCUGCCUUCAAUGCAUCAUCAGUGGUUGCUACACCUUCUUUUAUCUGAUGGAAAGUUUCCACUGCCUUGUUUCUUGCCAGGCAGAGAUGACUCAGUGGAUUAGUUUUAACAAAGCUGUCUAAAUUUGUCAUGUAUGUGAAUGGCCUAUAUAACAUAUGAUUAGCAUCAACUGAAGAUGUGUAAUUGUCUUUUGUGAUACUCUUUUCUAAGCCAGAGAGCGAGGACUGCAAAGUGGUGGUACGCUGUUUAUAUUUAGUCCAGUCUAUUGAUAGUGGAGGCAGGGCAGGAAGGGUGGGUAGGGGUGGCAUAGUACUGAAGAGUGGUGAGGGGGGAACAGGCAGUGAAGAGAAGGGGGCAGUGAAGAGGAAAAGAAAGGUCAGGGAUAAGAGGCUAGACAUUGGAAUAGGUCAGCCACAUGCUUGUCAUGACUUUUCAAGGGUGGGCAGAGAUGUGAAGGGUGGGGGGUGUGGGGGCAGAGGGCCCUCUGACACUGGAUCUCAUGUUCCUUUACAUAUUGUGCCUGGGGGAUAGCAUGAAGGCCAGCACAUAAAGUUCUUCAUAGUUCUCAAGCAAUUGCAGCUGCAACAACUGCUGUCAUACAGUCACAUAUAUAGCUGAAGUCUGAAAAGGCAGUCAGACAGGAAAACACCCCUGUAGAGAUCUCUGUCACCACUUCCUUCUCACAAUCUGCUGAAAACUUUGUUCUCCUUUCAAUUGCAAUUUUCUCAUGCGCUAUCCAACAAGAACCACAACCCUCAACUACAUGCUUCAUAGCUUGGUUUAGUUGAACUUCUGCCCUCGCAGGUUUCAUACCUAACCACCUUAGUCUUCGGCUUGAAAUCAAUUCAUCUCAUCCUUGGUCUUUUUCCUUCUUCUUACCAGAGUCAGGAUGCCUCACGCAUACCCUUUCCUCACUCCUGAGCAGAAGAAGGAGCUCAGCGACAUUGCUCAGAGGAUCGUCGCUACCGGCAAGGGAAUCCUCGCCGCAGACGAGUCCACUGGUAAAGAGUUUCAAUCAAAUCACCUGUCAUUUAAGAGAGCCAAAUGUCAAUAAAGUCAAUUGUAUUAGCUUGCAAGUGAAAUUUGUUCUGUGCACCAAUAUAAAAAUAGUAGAUAACAGGAAUUUAAACAAAAUAAAACCUUUAGACUAAAAAUUCUGGACAUAUUAGUUCCUUAACAAGUGUUAGCUUGUUCAGCUGAUGUAAGAUAUGAAAAUCAUGUUGUGAAAUUGUAGGAAAUCUGUUCUAGUCUGCUGCUGCAUGCUGACUGUUACAGCUGUAUGGGUAGCUAGAUUAAAUCUUAAUCACAUAAUUUUAGCAUAUUUUGUUAUUAUAUUGACAUUUGAUACAAAAACAGCUCUCUUUGAGCGCAUAUUUUCUUUUUUUUAUUCAUUAAAUUGCAAUGAUUACAUACAGCUUCUUGCUAGCUGGACAAGGAAUGCAAAAAUUAGCUCAUCACUAGCCUGGUGAUGGACGUAGAAUGUCCGCUCUCAUAUAGAAAACUUAAUGUAGUUGAGGCAUGUGUGUUGGGCCAAGUUAAUAAAGUUAAAGUUGGUUACCACAGACAGAGAAGCUUAAACUCCACUUACCACCUUCUUUGUUAUCAGAAGUAAAGUUACAUUUACUGGAAAGGUAAAAGUAAAUACGCAAUGGAACAGUUAGCAUAAAAUUUGGUAGCUAUCUAGAGAAGCCGCCACCACAGAAAUGGUGGCUUAACUUCCGGUGGUCCAUUGGAUUGGUCUGUAUUCACAGUGUGUUUAUUCAUCUUGUGUCUUCCCUACCUCUAGGAAGCGUAGCCAAGCGUUUCCAGAGCAUCAAUGCUGAGAACACUGAGGAGAACAGGAGGCUGUACCGCCAGCUCCUCUUCACCGCUGAUGACCGCAUCAACCCUUGCAUUGGUGGCGUCAUCCUCUUCCAUGAGACCAUGUACCAGAAGACCGAUGAUGGCAAGCCCUUCACCCAGUACCUCAAAGAGAGGAACAUGGUGGUCGGCAUCAAGGUCGACAAAGGUGUUGUCCCUCUGGCCGGAACCAACGGCGAGACAACCACCCAGGGUGAGAAAACAAAACAUCUUUGAACCAAAAAAGAGCGCCUCUAUCAAUCAGCUAUCUAGAACUCAUAUGAUGUGUCUUUGUGCUCUGACACAGGUCUGGAUGGACUGUAUGAGCGCUGCGCCCAGUACAAGAAGGAUGGUGCUGACUUUGCCAAGUGGCGCUGUGUGCUGAAGAUCACCCCCACCACCCCAUCAAGACUGGCCAUCAUUGAGAACGCCAAUGUCCUGGCCCGCUACGCCAGCAUCUGCCAGAUGGUAAGACUUACACUCAUGGAUAGGUCAAUAGUUAGAUGUGCAAACCACUGCGAAGUCUUGAAAAGUCCUCUGAUGUAAUUUUAUAACCAUUAUGGCGGACCAAAAUUUAUGAGUUUCUGUCUAACAAUAAGCACUUCAGAAAACCGGCUCAUAUCAGCCAUUUCUUAUAGAAGCCCAUCAAAAGCUAUACCUCUGUGUCUUGUAUUGUAAAGGCAGUAUAUAAUACAAUAAGAAUCAGUGUUGCUUUUGUUUUUGCAUGGUAUGCAGCUAAUAUUCCUCUGUUGCUCACUUCCUGUAAAGAUUUUGAAUUGAGCUGAUAUGAUAAACGCUUAAAACCUCAAAACUUCUGCAGUGUCCAAAGAAAAAUGUCUAAAAUAAGAAGAACUUUAUUUAACCCCUAAGGGAAAUUCUCACAGUAAUGCAUACCAAAUCUCCUCUCUAUAAUCCAACUCAAAUACAUAAUUUUGAAAUGAAUCAAGUACCGUUACAGAAUUAUAUGUUUUUUUCUUCCAGUUGUAAAACCUCAUGAGUAUUGUGUGCAAAAUUGGUCAAAUAAACAUGUUUACCACUUGUUUGUCUUCUACAGCAUGGCAUCGUCCCCAUCGUGGAGCCUGAGAUUCUCCCUGAUGGUGACCACGACCUGAAGCGUUGCCAGUACGUCACUGAGAAGGUCCUGGCUGCUGUUUACAAGGCCCUGUCCGACCACCAUGUUUACCUGGAGGGCACUCUGCUCAAGCCCAACAUGGUUACCGCUGGACACUCCUGCUCACACAAGUACAGCAACCAGGAGGUUGCCAUGGCAACUGUUACUGCCCUGCGUCGCACUGUGCCCCCUGCAGUUCCUGGUGAGUUUGAUGCACACCGAAAGAUCAUUAUUUUAUUAUUAACAUUGAUAUUGAUUAAAUUGUUUGCAGGGGAGCACUAAAAAGCUGUCAAACUCCCUCUGUACAGGCAUCACCUUCCUGUCUGGUGGCCAGAGUGAGGAGGAGGCCUCCGUCAAUCUGAACGCCAUGAACCAGUGCCCCCUGCACAGGCCCUGGGCCCUGACCUUCUCAUAUGGCCGUGCUCUGCAGGCCUCUGCCCUCAAAGCCUGGGCCGGCAAGAAGGAGAAUGGAAAGGCAUGCCAGGAUGAGUUCGUCAAGAGAGCUCUGGUAAAUCUGACUUGAUAUUUUAAUGUUGUAACAUGAAGAAAUUGUUUAGAAAACUGUUUGGAAAGUUGGUGCUGUAUUGUAACAUUAAUUAUUUUAUGUUUUUUCCUCUUACAGGCUAACAACCUGGCCUGCCAGGGGAAAUAUGUUUCCGCUGGAGGCAGCGCUGCUGGUGGCGAAUCACUGUUUGUGGCCAACCAUGCCUAUUAAAUAGACGCUCCUCAAUUUCCUUUGCACCUUCUUCCCUCCAUCGUCAAAGUCACCAUGAAAAAGCUGCAUUGUCACAGUGGCUAUCUAACAGCACUUUUACAGCAUCUUGGUAGAAAGUGAAAGAGGAAGGCAAAAGAAAACUUUCCUUUGGGUUGUUUCUGCAGCUAGGAGAUCCUGAAAAAUGUUCUGCCUCCAUUCCCAGACCUUUUAUUAUUGAACACCUUUUUUCAGGUGAAGAUUCCCACACUGUUUUUACACAACAUGUACUAUUUUUCCCUGGUCUUUUCCACCGAAGCAGUAUAUGAUUUAUACUGACACCAUGGAAUAAAGUAUUUACCCUUA